GUUUUACAGGUAUCAUUCAGUGUUAGAUCAUCGUUCAGGAACAAUUCAAAAUGUUCUCUAAAGUAGUAGUUUUGUGCGCUUUGGUGGCGGCAUCGCAUGCGGCUUUCGUCGACGUGGCUGUGCACCACUCUUCCGACGCGUCGGUGUCCUCCCAGAACAUCGUGCGCCAUGAUGAACUCGCCACGAUCGCCAGUCGCGCAGGUUCUGCAGCCGUCGCAUACCACGCCGCCCCUGCUGCUGUCGCUUACCACGCUGCCCCCGCAGCCGUCGCCUACCACGCCGCCCCGGCAGCUGUCGCCUACCACGCCGCUCCCGCUCCUCUCGCCUACCACGCUCCCGUCGCUGCUGUGCUCGCUCACCGUGAGGACCAGGAAUUCGCUCACCCUAAGUACGAAUACAACUACUCUGUUGCUGACAGCCAAUCCGGCGACAACAAGUCCCAGCAAGAGUCCCGCGACGGUGACGUCGUGAAGGGAUCUUACUCGUUCCACGAGGCUGACGGCUCCAUCAGGACCGUGGAGUACUCCGCUGACGACCACAACGGUUUCAACGCGGUGGUGCACAACUCCGCCCCCACCGCCGCCCCCGCUCACAUCGUCAAUGCCGUACCUGCUGCUCACUACUACCACCACUUGGUGGUAGUAGUGGGCGACGGGGACAGCCUUGAUGACGUGAGCGGGGGCGGCGGUGGGGGCAGAGUUGUGCACCACCGCGUUGAAACCGUUGUGGUCGUCAGCGGAGUACUCCACGGUCCUGAUGGAGCCGUCAGCCUCGUGGAACGAGUAAGAUCCCUUCACGACGUCACCGUCGCGGGACUCCUGUUGGGACUUGUUGUCGCCAGAUUGGCUGUCAGCAACGGAGUAGUUGUACUCGUACUUGGGCAACUAUUCGAAAUGUUCUCUAAAGUAGUAGUUUUGUGCGCCCUGGUGGUGGUGUCGCAGGCUGGAGUUCUCGUUGCGCCCGCGCACUACUCCUCCGCCGCAUCCGUGUCGUCCCAGAGCAUCGUCCGUCACGACGAGCUUGCGCCCGCUGCCAGACUUGCCGUCCCCGCAGCCAUUGCCUACCACGCCGCCCCUGCACCUCUCGCCUACCAUGCUCCCGCCGCUGCCGUACUCGCGCACCGCGAGGACCAGGAAUUCGCUCACCCCAAAUACGAGUACAACUACUCCGUUGCUGACAGCCAAUCUGGAGACAACAAGUCCCAGCAGGAGUCCCGCGACGGUGACGUCGUGAAGGGAUCUUACUCGUUCCACGAGGCUGACGGCUCCAUCAGGACCGUGGAGUACUCCGCUGACGACCACAACGGUUUCAACGCCGUGGUGCACAACUCCGCCCCCGCCGCCGCCCCCGCUCACGUCAUCAAGGCUGUUCCCGUUGCCCACUACUACCACCACUGAGUGAUCGCAUUAUGUUUUUCAAUUAUUUCAAGGAUAUGUUUGUUGAUUAAUUUAUUUAUUGAAAUAUACAGAUAAAUGACAGAAAA